CCCCCUGUUUCUAUAACAAUUGUCGUUAGGUCCCUGAACCAUUCUGCUCCCCGAUCCGAGGGAGUUCGUCCGACCUUGAUCUCCCUUUCCAGCCAUGGCCGCCGCCCUCGCCCUCCGCCCGCCUCUUCCUUCUCGCCUCGUCUCCGUUUACAAACAAACGACGGUCUCGAUGGCUCCGGUGAUUCCGGUGGCGGCACGGCUGGAGGUGGCGGGAUUCGCGAGAGCUAUGGAGAGAACAGAAGAGCAGACGAGGAAGUUGUGGAGAAUGUCCGAUGGUUGGGCAGUUAGGGGGUUUCCCGUGUUUCGCGACCCACUGCGGUUGGCUGGUGGUUUUCUUUAUCCUAAUUAGGGUAAAGCCAGUUUCCCCUGUUUUACCUUCCCAGACUUUCCUCUACCAACCUAAAUAAGGCACCGACCCAACCUACCUUCCCUUUUGUUUCCUGUUCCAGAGAAGAGAAAAAGGAAGAAAACGUGGGAAGCGAAAAGGAAAAAGAGAUCUUUUUUUUUUUCUCGACUUUCCAACAUAACAUUGUUUAAUUAGCUCUCAAUCAUCAUUCUGUUGAGGCAACGUUAUACUUUAUAUAUGGAGAAUUUAUAAUAUUUCAUGUCUGAGAUUUUCCUUCUUCAUUUGGUAGAGAUCAUUGGAGAAUCUUUAUCUGAGACUUGAUCCAGACAUCAUUAAAUGAAUUCUGCACAUGGGAGUGCAAGUAUAGAACAGGAAAAGACACGUCUUGAGGCAGGAAAUGUUAAAGAUGAUGAACAUGGCCUGCCCAAGCAUGGAAAUGAGCCCAUAAUUGAGGAAGAUGCACUAUGCUUAUCGUUCUCUUCCUCAGAUACAUCAUCUGAGGAAGAUUUCUUCCAACUAGAUGCAGUUGAGCUAAGCAAAGCGACGGCAAGACAUGAUGAGGUGCCAAACAACUUAGGACCUCCUCAACAUGGAGAGAAUGCUCAGUCCGAAGCAGUAGUUACUGACCCUGCUGGUAAACUCGAAGUCAAAAGUCUAAGUCAGGAUGAAAGUACACUUACUGGAUCUGUACAGACAGGUCAGGUGUCAGUGGAAAUGCCAUUCUCUCCCUAUGCUAGCUCUGGAUCAGAUUAUGUUGGAGCAAAGCAGUCCCCUCCAGUCCAGGUGAUGGGAAAAUCAGAUGGCUAUGAUCCCAACAGGAUCCCCUCUUCCGUUUUCGCAAGGACCAAGUCUACGACCCCCAUGGAAUGGAGUGUGGCUUCUAAUGAAUCAUUGUUCAGUAUCCAAAUGGGAAGGUCUGGAGAGCUGAGUGGCUUCUACAAUGGACAAUGGGAUGGUUAUCCGCCCAUUUCUCCUCUACCUGGCUCUAGUCCAGCACAAAGUGUGGGUGCAGGACUGGGUCUAGAGGAACCAAGUGUGGCUGAAGCAGCAAAUGCUGAGGCCAUGAAGGAUGUUUUAAGGGCAGCCGCAGAAGAAAAAGGCAAGCCUUUGGCUGGGGGUGUACCUCAUUCUGAUAGCAAGCAUUCUGAUAGCAGUGUUAACAGCUACCGCUCUUUUGCAUUUCCGAUAUUGACAGAUGGAAAAAAUGAGUCCAUGAAGGUUGAAUCAGUGCAUCAACGUACACCAAAAGAGCAACCUCAGCCACAGCCGGAUCCUCUAAAAGCAGUUUCUGAUGCUGCAGAAAAGAAAUGGUUUCCAUGCUUUUCCUGUUGCCCAUUUUGUUGCUGAGAGCGAUUGAGCUGCGAGGGGACGCGGGAAGGUCGCUCCACACCUUAAUAUCCUCAAGGGCACCAAAAAGUAUGGAGGGAGACUCAGAUCACUGUCGCGUGGAUUAAUGGAAAGAGUAGCUCCUUCGCCCUUGCUCCAUGACAUCUGGGGGCAACGGUGGCCACUCUCGGUGAGUUUUGCUCGACUCAUAUGCACAACGAGCACAACCAGAUGGUUGACUACCUCGCUGAUUCGAGCCGCCGGAGCAAGUUUUGGUUUCAGAAUUUCCUGCUAAUCUGAUCUGUAUAAUAGUGGCUGAUGAAUCUUGCUGUUUGUUUCCUAAAAUAUGGUUGCUUUGGGUGUUCGCCCUCACAUUUGCUGUCCAAAGGAAAGACAGUCGCACUGUGAGAAAAUAUUUGAAUGUUGAUUCUUGUGGUUAAAAUCAA